AUGUUAGACAUGAUUACUGAUAGGUGUAGUACAGUUAUUAUAAUAAUACUAGCAAUCACAUUAAAUAGGAGCUACACAUCAUUAAUGAUAUUGUUUUUAAUUGGAGACAUUUCUGGGCAUUGGCUUUACAUGGCUUCAAGUAUUUUAACUGGAAAAAACUCACAUAAAAACGUUGAAAAAAAUAUGUGGCCCAUUCUAAAGCUAUACUACUCAAGCAAGCCACUAUUAUUUACCUUACAUGCAUGUAAUGAAAUUUUAUGGCUUACUUUAUAUGCACAAGGUUCUAUUCAUAAUAAAGGAACAAAUCUCAAACAAUUAAAUCAAAUUGAUCAAAAAUUCCUAUCAAUAAUUCCAUAUAUUCUUUACGCAGUCCUACCAUUUGCUCUCAUCAAAAAUAUAAUAAAUUUUGUACAUUUGUUCUAUGGAUGUAACAUUUUUUUAGAUAUUGACAGUGAAAAUACAAAAAAUUAA